UGGAAUUAGUAGCAAAACAGCGGUCGAAGCGUGCGGGUUUGUGUCUGUGCUUCACGUGGUGUAUAAAACUUUCAGAGAAAUAAAAUUACGCAUUUAAAAUGGCUAAGGAUAAUCUGACUGCUGUAUUACAUGGUAUUGAGGACUUGCGUUUGGAACAACGUCCCAUACCGACAAUUUCCGAUGAUGAGGUUUUGAUUGCCAUGGACAGCGUUGGCAUUUGCGGAUCAGAUGUCCAUUAUAUGACACAUGGACGCAUCGGGCACUUUGUAUUGACUAAACCCAUGAUCAUUGGCCACGAAAGCGCUGGCGUUGUAGCUAAAGUUGGCAGCAAAGUGAAGCAUCUAGCUGUGGGUGAUCGAGUUGCAAUUGAACCUGGAGUCCCUUGCUCGAAGUGUGAGCUGUGCAAGCAGGGCAAAUACAAUCUCUGCGCUGACAUGGUGUUCUGUGCCACGCCCCCCUACGAUGGCAAUUUAACCCGCUAUUACAAACAAGCAGCAAACUUCUGCUACAAACUGCCCGAUCAUGUCACCAUGGAAGAGGCCGCCUUGUUGGAACCUCUGUCGGUUGGUGUCCACGCUUGUCGUCGCGCUAACGUUGGACUUGGCUCUAAGGUGCUGAUCCUCGGCGCUGGACCUAUUGGAUUGGUUACACUGAUCUCUGCACAAUUUUUGGGAGCAACAGAGAUUUUAAUUACGGAUCUGGUGCAAGAUCGACUGGAUGUGGCCAAAGAACUGGGAGCCACUCACACGCUGCUGCUUAACCGUGAAGAUUCUGCCGAAGCUGUGGCGGAGCGCAUUCGUCAAACAAUGAGCGAAGAGCCCGAUAGAGCUAUUGAUUGCUGUGGAGCCGAGAGCAGCACUCGCCAGGCGAUCUUUGCUACCCGAUCUGGAGGAGUGGUAGUUAUUGUGGGCAUGGGUGCAGCAGAAGUAAAAAUCCCACUCUUUAAUGCGUUGGCUCGUGAGGUGGACAUUCGAGGAGUUUUCCGUUACUGCAAUGAUUAUCCUGGUGCUUUGGCUCUGGUGGCAUCCGGUAAGAUAAACGUAAAGCGAUUGGUAACGCAUCACUUUGAUAUCACAGAGACUGCCAAGGCCUUCGAGACAGCUCGUUAUGGUCUGGGCGGAGCGAUCAAGGUUAUGAUACAUGUCCAGCCAAGGGACACAAACAAUCCUGUCAAAUUUUAGUUUCGCACUAAUUUCGAAACCGUGUGGCCAUCAAUAAAAUAUAUUCGAACAUGCACAAAUAAAUCUUAAGGAACUUGAA